GAGAGAGAGGGAGGGAGGCUGCAAAUGGCAGCUUCUGUGACACCACAGGAAGGAGGGAGGGAGAGAGGGAAAGAGAGAGAAAGAGAACAGCAGUCCAACUAGAUCAGAUUGCAAAAGAUUGAUAGAGAGAGCUGUUCAGUUAAUAAGCAGUGAGGGGACAUUAGACAGCUUUAUGGGAAAUGUGAGGGGCAGACUUAUUAAAGUAAAAAAUAAAGAAUGAGCAGAGGAUCGGCCGAAGACAUUACCCCAGAAGAUGGAGAUACAAAAAGCAGAAUUUUCCUUUGGAUAGUUGUCGUUUCGCACCUGACUGAGCAGCGGCGGCGGCUCGGCCCGAGGUUCUGGUGAGAUUCCGCCCGGUCAGAACUGCGUUUCAUCUGCGCUCCAACAAGCUCCCGAAGGGGGGGUGGGGGGGGGAGAAAAGAACGAGAGAGAGGCACACGAGAUCAAGCGAGGAUGAAGAAAUUCAAAGGGGGUCUGCGUCUCACACUGAAGAUGAUGGAGUGGAUUUCUCCGGUAUUAGAGUAACACACAAAGAGGGAGCAGCUGUAGAGGCAGAUGCAGAGAAUGCCUCAGUUUGGUUAACGGGGACGCCGGGGAAGAAGAUUCAGCCUUUUUAGUUCUUCAGCCUGGUGUGAGGCAGGUAGAGAUAAAAGGGAUUGGAUUCACGCACAAGGCUCCCACCCAACUCCCUGUCCAUGACUCACUAAAACGCUGCUUAGGCAGUGAUCAAGCUGCGAGGGGCCUUGAUCACACACCAGGACUCCAGGCCUGCCCUUCUGCUCUGACCCUGCAGCUGGAGGCGUCAACAGGAGAAUGAGCGUGGGAAGAAUCAACCGCUACAGCAUUGUGUCAUCCGAGGAAGAAGGCCUCCGCCUCACUACCAUGCAUGGCAUGAACGGCUUUGGUAAUGGCAAGAUCCACACACGCCGCAAGUGCCGCAACCGCUUUGUCAAAAAGAAUGGCCAGUGCAACGUGCAGUUUGCCAAUAUGGACGACAAGUCGCAGCGCUACAUGGCAGACAUUUUCACCACCUGUGUUGAUAUUCGCUGGCGAUGGAUGCUGGUGGUCUUCACUCUUGUGUUUGUAGUGUCCUGGUUGGCCUUUGGCUUAGCCUUUUGGGUCAUUGCUUUGCUGCACGGAGAUCUGGACAACCCGGCCGGAGAUGAUAACUUCACUCCGUGCGUCCUACAGGUCAAUGGAUUUGUGGCUGCCUUUCUGUUUUCCAUUGAAACACAGUCUACCAUAGGUUAUGGUUACCGCUGUGUAACUGAAGAGUGUCCGGUGGCCGUCUUCAUGGUGGUCUUCCAGUCCAUAGUGGGCUGCAUCAUUGACUGCUUCAUGAUUGGCGCCAUCAUGGCAAAAAUGGCAAGGCCUAAGAAGCGAGCACAAACACUGUUGUUUAGCCACAAUGCUGUCAUUGCCAUGCGGGAUGGAAAGCUGUGUCUCAUGUGGAGGGUCGGAAAUCUCCGCAAGAGUCACAUUGUAGAGGCCCACGUCAGAGCACAGCUCAUCAAACCUCGGAUAACUGAUGAGGGGGAAUAUAUUCCUCUUGACCAGAUAGACAUUAAUGUGGGAUUUGACAAAGGCUUGGACAGGAUUUUCUUGGUUUCACCCAUCACUAUUCUCCACGAGAUAGACGAAGAGAGCCCUCUUUUUGGGAUCAGCAAACAGGACUUGGAAACAGCAGACUUUGAGAUUGUCGUCAUCUUGGAGGGGAUGGUUGAAGCGACCGCGAUGACCACGCAGGCUCGCAGCUCCUACUUGGCCUCUGAGAUCCUUUGGGGUCACCGGUUUGAGCCAGUCUUAUUUGAGGAAAAGAACGUGUACAAGGUGGAUUACUCUCACUUUCACAAAACCUACGAGGUGCCGUCCACCCCCCGGUGCAGUGCCAAGGACAUGGUGGAGAACAAGUUCCUUCUGCCCAGCUCUAACUCCUUCUGCUACGAAAACGAGUUGGCUUUUCUUAAUCGUGAUGAAGAGGAGGAGGAAGAUGUAGGUGGCGGGAGCAGGGCACUGGCAAACCUCAGCCCGGACCGGAACAGCCGUCAUGAAUUUGAACGCUUACAGGCCACCAGGACACUGGAUCAAAGGUCAUUUCGUAGAGAAUCAGAAAUAUGACCUCUACCCAUUGACCCUGGGUCAAAUUUCAAAAAACUUUAUCCAAGGGGUAAAAAUGCAGAACAAUGCAAAGUGCCAUAGGACAAGCUGACUACUGUGAAAGAGAAAAGAAGUAGGACAACGGUAAAAGGGACUUAACUGGAAGGAAUGGGGCAAAGAAAGAGUACACAGCUUAGAAAAAUUGUGGUAAGGAAUGUCUACAAUCAAGGAAAAGGGUAGAGAAAGACCUUCUUCCUUCAUGGAAACUUGAAUCUUUUUUCACAUGGUUAUUUUGAUUUAAGAGUGUUCAACAAUAGUACAUCAAAAAAAAAAACUAUUAUGACAAAACCUUAUAAUCAAAUCUUAGGUGUAAAUACAUUUCUUAGGUAAGUUAUGUUUUGUGUGCAGUAUCAGUUUCCAAAAACACCUCUUAAAAAAUUAAGUUGCUAUUUCAACUUGGCCACAAAUAAUAGUGUUAACAAUGCUUCUCUUGAACUCUCCUUGCAUUGCUGUAAUUUUCUGGACCUGCGUUCAGUGACACAUUGAAAAUUCAUGCACUGCAGCAUUCAGACGCAACGAGCCAUGACAAAACAUCUGACUGUGAGCCACCGAGAACAACAUAAUCCGACAACUUCGUUUUAGUAUCAGUAACACCAAAUCCAACACAGGGAGAGAUGGCAAAAUGAAUUGCACUUUUAAGAACAUGAAGGAAUGUGUUGAAUGGAAUCUGUAUGAAGAUAAUACAAUCAUGAAAUGCCUCUUACAAGCCACCGACAUCAUAAUUUGGCAGCCUACACCUAUUGUGAUAUGUAUAAACACUGCUCAAGUAAAACAAAACUAAAGCACAAAUGGUGGAUGAUCAAUUUAACAGACAUUCUGCAAGAACCCUAUAGGUUACAGUAUCCAGGUCUGUAGUGAUCAAAUUUAUAAAUCAUCAAUUUGAAAUUCUACAAAGAAAUGCACCUUAAAAUGUACCUUUACUUUUGCAUUUUAUUAAACAAACUAAGUUAAUAAGCAAGUAAACCUGUAUGUGGGCAGUCAACAUGUUUUGUUGUUGUUUUUUUUGUUUUUUUUUGGAGUUCCAUGCAGAAAUUAAGACCACCUGGCUUAAAUUGUUCACAAUUAAUGAGCAUUUGUUCUCUUUAAGAAUGGAUCUAUGCAUAUGUACCAAUAUCAGGGGGCAGAUUUUAUUUAGUUGCGAGAUUAAAUUAUGUAAUGACAUUUAUUUGCUAUAAAAUGAUUGGUAAAAUAAAACCCAGAAAUAAAACAAAAGUCGUUUUUCAAGAGUGGCUGUUUUGCCUGCUAAACCAUUUUGACUAUAGUACAAUUAAACUAAGAAUAAGAUAUGAAAAUUGGAAGAAAAACAGAUUGGAAGAAAGAGAUGUUUUAUUGUUUGACCAAAGAGUAAACAUUGAUCAAGCUGAAUUGAGAUGUGGGUGUUUCUAUCCACGUAAACAGCACUCAUAUUAAACGCUAAUUGAAAGUAUCAUAAACUGCGCCUACAACACUUUGUGUUAAACUAAUAUCGUUAGAGUAGACCAAAUGUAUUAACACCAGCUGGCCCCACAUUUCACGUCGACGGGGGGUACAUUUAACUGUUACUCUAUGAUUUAAAGUGUACCUGGGUUUAAGACUUAUUACACAAUUUUAUUUGAUUUUCCUAUGACAAAUGCGUCCCUUAGAGAGGCAAAAAAAUAAUCAAAUACAUACAAAUACAACUGAGCAACAGUAAAACAAAGAGAAAAAAAAAACACUUCCACCUUUUUCUUGCAUUUCUAAUCAUUACACAUUGUAGACAGAUAAAUGCAUUUUAGCAAUAUGCUAAUAGGAUGAGUUGGCAUGAGCGAGGUCUGAAUGGAAGCAAUAAACAGUGAAGUACACAUUUUUUUAGUGAUUCCCUUUUAAUACACUGAAAACACACACUUAUGUUAUUAACGGCUACGGCAUUGUAUGAGGAGAGUGACCAUACAUAGUUCUUUUGUAUUCUAUUGUACUUGUAAGUAUUUUUCUCAGAUCUAAUACCAAAGUAACAGAGUGUAGCUCAGAGUUAAGCUCUGAAGUGAUUGUUCCCGCAGUAAUCUUCCAAAACAAAAAAGGGUAUUCAUAUUAAAAAAAAAAAAAAAAAAAAAAGGUGUUUGAGUGUCAUGUUUGCAAAUGGUCUCAUUCUAGAUCUAUAGGGAUAGUUGUUUUUGGUGUGGUUCCAUGAUAUACGUUAUGCAUAGUUAGCGUAUCAGUAGAAGGUGAUCAGCAUGAGCGCAGACUUGAGAAGCAGAGAGGCCACAGAAGCCAAGCAAUAAAGUGCGGUGGAUGGGGUCAACAGGAGAAUAUUAUUUUGGCUGCAUAAAACAAGUCGGCUUAAAAUAGUGAUAUUACACAGGCUUUACGUUGACGUCAGACUGCCUUUUCUGAUGAGGAACUGAUCUAAGCUACCAGGUUUCACUGACAAGCUGCAGGCCUAGAGCUGCCUCAAUCACUUAGUUUGUGUUAUUGUGUGAGUUUGUUGUGUUAACACAUUGGUUCAUGUCCAAAUUAACGUGUUAAAACACCAGAGUCACACAUCGGUAGAGUACCAACGCCGGUGUUCUGUGUGGUAAAAUUUGUCUUUUUGUCAAUGGAUAUUGACAGAUUUACCCUUCUGAAAACGACAAUGAGGCGUACAACGCACAAAGUGGCUAAAAUAAGAUUUUCUGCUGACCUCAUUACACAACAGUUGGUGUAUUCUGUGUCUGUGCUCCUCUCUGCUUCUCCAAACUGGGGGCGUGCUUCCCACCAGCUAUUGGAGACUAACUAUAACCCCACUUCCAAGAAACUAAAAUAUUCCUUUAAAUCGUUUCUAAAAACAAUGUUAUUUGUACAAACUAGUCCCUGUUGAACCAAAAAGAUAAAAUCCACUCAAGUAAAAUUUAAUUUGUAGACACAGAUUCAUUUGCUAUCUCUAUAUACAGUAGUUUAAGACACAAAACGAUUAUGCAUGAUACCUUUUUUUUUUCUUUGGCAUGAACAAUAGCAUUUGAAAAUGAUCCCUAGAUUCUAUUUAGAAUUUAUCAUUCGAUUCAUCAUGUUUGUGUUGCGUCACGAAAUGCUACUCACCAGUUUAUCUAUUACCUCACUAAAAUGUGGAUGUCAUGUUCCUGUCGAGCUAUUUUAGUUCAGUUAAACAUUGCAUAUGCGUAGAGGAUGAAACUUAUAGGAUGUGGUGUAAAGGUACAACAUGGCAACGAAGAGGGGAACAAUAAAACGGUUGUCAUGUUUGUUACAAUGACAAAGCUGUUUCUAACAUUAGUCAUUUACCUUUAGUGAAAUGUUUGAGUCUAUGACAGUUCUUAGUUUUAUGUUGCUUUUGUUUUUAUUUUUCAGAAAACCAUCGUAGGUUAUAGUAAAAUAUAAAUAGAUAGUUUUUGGCUGAUAAGUGAAGCAUACUUUAUUCAACCCUAAACAUUUAAUAUGCUCAUUACCUUCUGGGAAGGUUAUAUACACUGAUGUGUGAAGCCUCUACACCUACUCACAAAGUUUCAGUGGUAAAAAAAUAAAUAAAUAAAUAAAAAAUAAAGGUGAAGAGUCAACAGCUUCUGUGCUGUGUCACUGAAAUGCAUAGUUCAAUCAUUUAUACUGAAUAUUUUUUUCAGAGAAUGCUUUAGCUUUGAUGUUGCCCACCUGAGCCCUUAAAAAGAAGCACACACAAAAGGUUUUUGCUCAAUAUAAAGGUUUAUAGUGUAAAAAGCAAGUAAUGUUAUAACAAUGAUAAUAGGGAGCAGCCAGGCUGAACAAACCUGCUUAUUUUUAUACAAAGUUCUUUUUGAUAGAAUACAGCAAUCAAUAUUUAUCUGUUUUUACCAGAGUACGACAAUGAAAUUACUAUUGAGAGGAAAAAAUUAAAAAAAAAUCUUGUCUUAGUUUUUCAGUUAUUUAGUUUCUGUUGUUUCCUUUCCGCUCAGAAGCUCAUGAUUAAACAGGUAUUUCUCUUAAAGGGAUGAUUGGAAAAAACUUUGACCUCUGUAGAAGUCUUCCUAUGUCCAGCAAAUGUCUACUGGGCUUUUGAUUUUAAUUCAACGUCAUUUAAAUUAUUCAAUUAAAAAAGUAACUG